UAGAGAGACAUAGACACAGAGCGAGGGGAGUGGAGGAGAGAGAGAGCGAGUCGCCAUUGCUGCCGAGAGGGGAGGGGAGCGGAGAGAAGCAGGUUUCGGCUUACAGUCGCAUUCCGCUCUAAACAAAACACUAAAAACACACUAAAACACAGACUGACCGGCGGUCUGUUCGCAACCCGGGACCCCGAACAACAAACUUCGGAUCCUCGCCGGACACCGACGAACACCUCCCUUUGGAUUGUGGAUUAAAAAAAAAAAAAAAAAGAAAAAAUAAGGGAGUUUUUUUUGCCCCUGUUGUAAUGUGGGAAAUGCUUUCUCCUCUUCCCCUCCGUGGUAUGUGGAUCUGGGAGCGACCAUGUUCGUAGGCAGGUGAUGAAAGGAGAAGCCGGCUGUUCUAUCCCAGCUUAAAGAAGUCCCAGGAUAGAAGCUGAGGGAGAGGCCCCGUUGAGUUGGAGAGGGAUUCGUAAACCACAAAAGGGAAACACGGGAUGAAUGUGCCUUUGUAUCACUGACGAGCAGAACUGGAAUGAUAUCUUGAGCCUUUUUACUGGACGUGACCAAGUUAGCGAUGAGCGGGGGGAUAUAAUGGCCAAGAACAAGGAUGCGCGCCCCCCGUCAUUCGCCGUCAGCGUGGUUGGCCUCUCGGGGACGGAGAAAGAGAAGGGAAAUUGCGGCGUCGGCAAGUCCUGCCUAUGCAACCGAUAUAUUCGCCCCAAUGCGGACGGCUACUACACGGAGCACACCUCGGUGCUGAGCACCAUAGACUUUGGGGGACGUGUGGUCAACAAUGACCACUUCCUGUAUUGGGGGGACGUGUCCCAUCGAGGGGACGACGGGUUGGACUGUAAAAUACAAAUUAUCGAACAGACGGAGUUCAUCGAUGACCAGACGUUUCUUCCGCAUCGGAGUACGAACCUGCAGCCGUACACCAAACGGGCCGCGGCAACCAAGCUCCAGUCGGCAGAGAAGCUCAUGUACAUCUGCACGGACCAGCUGGGCCUGGAGCAGGACUUUGAACAGAAGCAGAUGCCCGACGGGAAGCUGAACAUCGACGGCUUUUUGCUCUGUAUCGACGUCAGCAAGGGAUGCAAUCGGAAGUUCGACGACCAAAUGAAGUUCGUCAACAGCCUCUACUCCCAAAUUGUCAAGUCAAAGAAGCCCAUCGUCGUCGCUGCCACAAAAUGUGACGAGUGCGUGGACCAGCACCUGAGGGAUCUGCAGGCCUUCGUCGCCAGCAAGAAGAACCUGCUGCUAAUCGAGACGUCGGCGCGCUCCAACGUCAACGCAGAGGUCUGCUUCAACGCCCUCAUCCAGCAGCUGGAUAAAACCAGGGGAAAGCCAAAAACUGUGUCCUACCUGGAGGCGUACAAAGUGCAACGGCAGCUCGUCGCCUCAGUAACGGAUAGAUUCGAGAAAUUGAUACUGCACACCGUGAGGGAUUACCACACCACGUGGAAAACGGUGCAAAAUAAUAUGAAGGGCAAACCCGACUACGACGAGUUCAUCACCUUGGAGGGCUCCAGGAAAGCCCGCAACAUGUUCACAAAGCACAUUGCACAACUAAAGCAGGAGCACAUCAAGAGGCGGAAGGAGGAGUACCUGACGACACUACCCAAAACCCUCAACAACCUCCUCAACAACCUGGACGAGGUCGAACACCUCUCUUGGCCCGAGGCGCAGAGUGUGAUCCGGAACCGGCCUGAUUUCCAGUACUGGUUUGUGGUUCUGGAGCAGACGCCGUGGGACGAGACGGACCACAUCGCCAUGAGCGACCGCCGGAUACCCUUCGACCUCCUCGACACACUCGACGGCGAGAGAAUUUACCACAACCACGUCCAGCACUUGCUGUCUGAGAAGAGAAGGGGGGAGAUGAAGGAGCGGUUCAAGAAGACGCUGGAGAGGGUUCACUUUAUCAGUGCGGGGCAGCCUUGGGAGGAAGUCAUGUGCUUUGUCAUGGAGGACGAGGCCUACAAGUACAUCACAGAAUCAGAUAGGAGGGAUGUUUACUGUAGACACCAGCAGGAAAUAGUUGAAAGGGCCAAAGAGGAUUUUCAGGAAAUGCUUUUUGAGCAUGCCGAGCUAUUCUACGACUUGGAUCUGAAUGCCACCCCCAGCUGUGACAAGAUGAGCGAAAUUCACUGUGUGCUGAAUGAGGAGCCCAGAUACAGAGCUCUGCAGAAACUUGCCCCAGAUAGAGAGUCGCUCCUCCUCAAACACAUUGGGUUUGUUUACCAUCCCACAAAGGAGACGUGUCUGAGUGGGCAGAACUGUGUGGAUCUGAAAGUAGAGCAGGUUUUAGCAAACAGGCUGGUGCAGCUCGACCACGGGCGCUCUAAUCUCUACUAUAACAGUGCCAACAUCGAUAAGAUCAACCUCUGCCUCCUGGGAAGGGAGGGUCUCUCACAGGAACUAGCCAAUGAGAUCAGAGCUCAGUCCACAGACGACGAGUACACCCUGGACGGUAAAAUUUACGAACUGGAGCUUCUUCCCGUGGAUGUCAAUUCCACACUGCUCUUCAGCCACACGUGGGUCACCACCUUCAAGCCACAUGGCUGUUUUUGCGUUUUCAACUCCAUAGAGUCCCUUAACUGCAUUGGAGAUUGCAUAGGCAGGAUCAGAGCGGAGAUAGCACAGAGUAGGAGAGACCGGUUUGCUCAGCCGCUACCUUUCAUUCUCAUCCUGGCGAAUCAGAGGGACAGUGUUUGCAAAAACAUACCCAUCCUGAGGCACCAGGGCCAACAGCUGGCAAACAAGUUGCAGUGCACCUUUGUCGACAUCCCCUCCGGGGCCUUUCCACGUAAGUUCACAGAAUUUCAAAUUAAACAGGGUCUCCGCGCAGUGCUGGAGGGGCUAAAGCAUAACUUUGACGUCUUGGCCCCGCUGCCCUCUAUCAAAGACAUGUCAGAGACGGACCUCCGGAUAGUCAUGUGCGCCAUGUGCUGGGAUCCUUUCAGCGUCGACCUCAUCCUCUCGCCUUUCCUGGACUCGCAUUGCUGUAGCGCGGGUCAGCCGGGCCAGAGCAACACACUGAUACUGGACAAGAUCAUCGGGGACAGCAGGAGGAGGAUCCAGGUCACCAUCCUCUCCUACCACACUGCCAUCGGUGUCCGCAAGGACGAACUGGUGCACGGCUACAUUUUAGUCUACUCUGCCAAACGCAAGGCUUCUAUGGCGACCCUGCGGGCGUUCUUGGCCGAAGUCCAGGAUGUGAUCCCCGUCCAGAUGGUGGCCAUUACGGACAGCCAGGCAGACUUCUUUGAGAAUGAUGCCAUCAAGGAGCUGAUGACGGAGGGGGAGCACAUUGCCACAGAGAUUGCAGCCAAGUUUACGGCGCUCUACUCGCUGUCGCAGUAUCAUCGGCAGACGGAGGUUUUUACGCCCUUUUUCAACGAAGUGCUGGAGAAAAAGCCAAACAUCGAGAGCUCCUUCCUAUUUGACAGCUCGUCACGCGAGUGCACCACUGGUGCCAGUGAAGACGUCUUCCCCACCUCGCCCCAUAGCCACUCCCCGGCCUACAACACCUACUACCUAGAAUCUGAUGACGACAACGAGGCCCCACCGCCGUACAGUCCGAUCGGCGAUGACGUUCAGCUUCUCCCCACACCCAGCGAGCGGGCCAAGUACCGCAUCGACCUCGAGGGCAAUGAGUACCCGGUCCACAGCACGCCUGUGGGAGAACAUGAACGCAACCACAAAGUGCCUCCACCUGUCCGGCCCAAACCACUGCUCCCCAAACCCAAUGUCAAAAAGCUAGACCCCAACCUGCUCAAAACCAUCGAGGCUGGCAUGCGAAGCAACCGCAGGACGCCGCGCGGCCCAAUGACGCACGGCGAGGACGUGGAGGCGUCGGACAACUAUGCAGACCCCGUGGACACCUUGCUCCGGUCCAGGGGCUUCCACAACGACGACAUCUACGCCGUGCCCGACGACGCCCACAGUCGCCUGGUCAAAAUAAGAAACUCCUUCGGCGGGUUGCACGGCCUCCACGGAGAGGAAGAGAACGGAUUCGACCGAAGGUAUCAGGCCGGACGGCGGCCGUCGAAAUACAAACACCGUUCUAAAAUCCUGUUCAGCAAGACAAAGGCCUACCAAAGACGGUUCCAGUCGGACAGCGAUGGGGAGGAGUCGGGCCCCGCCAUGCAAAAGAAGAAAAAGGGAAGAGCCCACCGGGGCAGCGAGGAGGACCCGCUGCUCUCCCCCGCCGACCCCUGGAAGGGCGGGAUCGAUAACCCGGCCAUCACCUCGGACCCCGAGCAGGAGGACAAGAAGAUGAAGAAGAAGAAGCCCAAGACGCCAAAGGAACCCAAGAAGCCAAAAUCCUCCAAGUCCCCCAAGCCUCUGUACCCCCCCACCAGGAGAACCUGGGAGAGCAACUACUUUGGCGUCCCCCUGCAGAACCUGGUGACCCCGGACCGACCCAUCCCACUCUUCAUCGACAAAUGCGUCGACUACAUCGAGCGCACAGGUCUGACGACAGAAGGCCUGUAUCGCGUCAGCGGCAACAAGACGGACCAGGACAACAUCCAGAAACUGUUUGAUCAAGACCACUGCAUCGACUUCGUGGCGAUGGACGUGGCGGUGAACGCCGCCGCCGGAGCGCUGAAGGCGUUCUUCGCCGACCUGCCCGACCCGCUGAUCCCCUACAGUCUGCACCCGGAGCUGGUGGAGGCCGCAAAAAUCGUGGACUACAUCGAGCGUCUGCAGGUGUUGCGGGAGAUCGUGAAGAAGUUUUCUCCCGUGAACUACCAGGUCUUUAAAUACAUCAUCACACACCUCAACAGGGUGAGCCAGCACAGCAAGACCAUCCUGAUGACGGCCGACAACCUGUCCAUCUGCUUCUGGCCCACGCUGAUGCGCCCCGACUUCGAGAACAAGGACACGCUGUCCACCACCAAGCUGAACCAGGCCGUCAUGGAGUCCUUCAUCGUGCAGAGCGACUACUUCUUCCACGGCGGCGAGGUGGUCGAGAGCGCCGGCGGCGGCGGCGGCGGCGAGGGCAC